AUACCGUGUCAUUGCUCGGACUUGAGAUUCAUAUAUCGGCCCACCAUCGACCUUCCUCAUGAUGCGUCCUGCUCGUCAAUCAAUGAGCCUUGCUCGCUUUUUGUCACGAGUGCAGCAUAGAACUCUGCACCAGACGAGAGUCCAGUAUGCCAUCACCAGCCUUGAGAUGCCAGCCAUGUCGCCCACUAUGACAGAAGGUGGCAUUUCUUCCUGGAAAAAGAGGGAAGGCGAGUCUUUCUCUGCAGGAGAUGUCCUGCUAGAAAUUGAAACUGACAAGGCCACCAUUGACGUCGAGGCACAGGAUGAUGGUAUUUUGGGUAAAAUCAUUGUCCAAGACGGUAGCAAGAACAUCCAGGUUGGCAAAGUCAUUGCCCUCCUUGCUGAGGAAGGAGACGACAUCUCGAACCUUGAGGCACCCAAGGAGGAGUCGAAGCCAGCACCUCCCCCUCCGAAACCCGAGACUCAGGCAGCUCCACUCCCACCUCCGGCACCGGCACCUCAACCUAUCGCUCCCAAAGUGUCGCACCACCCGAAGCACUCGAAGCACUUACUACCCUCGGUGAUACGCCUCCUCAUUGAAGGUAACAUUGCUGAUGCGGAAGCUAUCCCGGGUACGGGUGUUCGUGGAAUGCUUACCAAGGGUGACGUACUUGCGUACCUCGGGAGAGCGUCGAGUCCAAUGGGAACUUUCAAGGAAGCGAAGAAGGAGGUUUCAGCGCCGAAAAAGGUUGAGGAAGUCAAGCCACUAGACGGUGCUGCAAUCCGCCAGCUUAUUGUCUCUGGCCUAGCCGCCAAAACGAAGCCUGCACUUGCACCUACAACACCAGCAACCUUUGACGCCAUCAUCGCCGACUACCUCCCUUCUUCGCCAUCUUCCCCAAAGGCUGCCCCCAUACCCAUAUCGUCAACGAAGGCACAAGACAGCUCUGCUAGGUACUUCGAUGGGUUACUCUAAUUAAUGUUAUAUCGUACCCCCCGUUCCGUAGACGUUGCUUAGAUUUUUGUGUUAUUGAUACUCAUUUAUCACAAGUCAUGUUACCUGUCUA